AUGAUUAAGAAUCCAGAAAUCCACAAUUACAGCAGCCAACACUACAAGAGGUGCCCUGACGGUGAACUGUUCCACGUCACCUGUGCUCAGCUGGGAUGUUUUUGGAUGUUGCCUAAAAUGGCCUCUUUCUGGGAGAUGCGUUGGUUUGGUCAACUGUUGUGUCGUCUCUGGCUGUUGUUGUUGGCCGUAGAUCGCGCUUACUGCGAUGCACCGUUUGCCCGUGCCGCCGCGCCCCCCGCAGCGCCCCAGGACCGCCGAUCAAACGCGGAGAAUGCUGCACCACCGAAGCAGGGGACGUUCACCGUCUUCAAUUACAACGAAUGUAACGUGGAUAUCAUGAAAUAUUGCAGCAAAUCCGGCGCGAAGGACGAAACAGCGUUGCUGAUGUGUCUCCAGGACGCCGGUGCCAGGGAGGACGUUCUGACCGAAAGUUGCCAACAGUUUGCGUUGCUGCGCAUUUCCACCUUCCGUCGCGACGAUCGCUCGACGUCGCACAUCGGUGUUUUGUCCGAUUUGCCUCUUUCCUGUCCUCCGGUGGCCGUUCAUUAUUUUUCUGCUCUGAACCACGACCCGAUCCGACGGUCAGUUUUGAACCUUUUCGGUUUGACGGCCUCAUGGAGGCUUGAGUCAACAAAGUUUCUGUCGAAAACUCAUCGUUUUGAAAUGUCCGAAUAG